AUGGCGGCUGGGGGCAGAAUGGAGGACGGCUCCUUGGAUCUCACCCAAAGUAUUGAAGAUGACCCCCUUCUGGACACCCAGCAUCUCCCACAUCAUUCAUUACAUGCUCAUUUUAGACCCAGAUUCCAUCCUCUUCCUACGGUCAUCAUAGCAAAUCUGCUCUUGUUAAUACAUGUUGUGUUUGUCAUUUUGGCGUUUUUAACAGGUGUACUUUGUUCUUACCCUAAUCCAAUUGAGGACAAGUGCCCAGGAAACUAUACCAACCCAUUGAAAGUUCAGACAGUCAUAAUCCUUGGGAAAGUUAUUUUGUGGAUUCUGCACUUCCUUCUUGAGCGCUACAUCCAGUAUCACCACAACAAAGUAAGAAACCGAGGCUAUAACAUGAUCUACCUGUCGACAAGACAUCUUAAAGGACUUGCCCUGAUGAUCCACUCCACUGGCAACACGGCUCUUCUCCUCGUGCUGUGCGUGCAGCACUCCUUCCCGGAGCCCAGCAGGUUGUAUCCUGACCUCAUCCUGGCCAUCCUGGCCCUGGAACUCAUCUGCUCCCUGACAUGUCUGCUUACUUACACAGUGAAAAUUCGGAACUUUAAUAAAGCCAAGCCACAGCCUGAUGUACUUGAAGAAGAAAAAAUCUAUGCUUACCCCAGCAAUAUAACCUCGGAGACUGGAUUCAGGACUAUUUCAAGCCUAGAAGACAUCGUUGAAAAGCAAGGAGACAUAAUAGCGUACCUGAAGCGACACAAUGCCCUGUUGAGUAAACGGUUGUUGACUUUCACUUCCUCCGAGCUAGACUCUCCACCUAGUAGAAUGUGA